AUGUACGCAGAGAUAGCAGCGGCAGUCCAGGAACUCCACCUUGUCAACGAUGUAUUCGCGAAGGCCGCGAAUGCGUUCUGGGGUCUUCCAACCGGGGAGGACGGCGAAUUCACACAUAGAAGAAAUUCUGCAAUCUCGCGGUACUCAGAGCACGGAUCAUCUUUUCCAGUACCUCGCUUUCCAGUUUCAGAUCUCUACGUGAACCAUGCUGGCAAACCAUCCGAUCUCGUCAGCCCAGACGAUGAUGAUCACGACCCUGCAUCCAGUUCGGACAGCGCCAUUGAUUCCGGGGUGCCUCGGAAUCCCUCCGAUGCGUGGCAAUGCUUAACUGGAAUUGCGAAGCGAGGAGGCGAGACUGAGGGUGUGACCCCGACUUCACAAAGCCUCACUCACCAUGGGCCUCAUGAUUUGUAUGUCCGAGAUGGAGUGGCUGGUAAUUCACCCAAGGCUCCUGUUUCUACAGGGAUCCGAGGGUAUGAGCUAGUGAAAAAUGGCUCACUAGAUCCAGACUUGGUAUUCAACUUGAUAAAGCGAUACCAAGCACAUUUCCAUCCUUACCAACCGCUCGUUCCAAGACGAUACUUCCAUCGCGAGGCACUAGACACAUUUGCAGCCAGUGAGAAGCACUUGCUCACGGCCGUGCUCACUAUAGCUUCCAAAGAUUUAGUUGAUUUGCCUCACAUUCAUGAAUACUGUUCGAACUACAUGCACGAGUUAAUAUCUAGCAUUGCCGCUGGCGUUGAUUGUGAUGUGGAAGCAGUCGAGGCUUUGAUUCUGAUAGCAGAGUGGGAACCACAGGGCCUCCGCCCGAACAUUGAACGUGUCGGAAGGGGCGAAGAGGAUCGCGCAGCGUGGAUGCAUGUAGGUCUUGCGCUACGUUCGGGCUAUUUUCUCGGAUUGGAGCGCACUUCUUUCAGAGGCGACCCCUCCGGAGACGACUGCGAUGCACGCAAGCGCCUGGCCUGGACUUCUUGCUACAUCUCGGAUAGACUAAUUUCUGUGAGAAUUGGAAGAGCCUUCUGGUCUCGAGGACCGGGUCCGAUGACUGGAUUUGUGAGCCAUGAUUUUCCUUCUUUGCAACCCGUCACAGAAGGAGACGAAGAUUAUGCCAAGAUCAUCCAGGCCACUCUGGAAUUGACGCAGUUAUACAACAAUGUGCAUGAAAUUUUGUACUCGGGAAUGCGGACGAGUAACCAAAUGAUGCUUAUGGGAGACUACAUCAAAUAUGCCGAUGAUUUUCGGACGGCAAUAUCUAGAUGGAAUCAGACAUGGGGAUGUCUAAACUGCUCGCCUCAUAUCAAGAUCACUCUCCAAAUGUCUUAUGAGUACUUAAGGCUCUAUACCAACGCCUUCGCGUUUCAAGCAGCCAUCUCUCAGGCGAUUGUGCGAAAGCCAGAUAUGGCUGAUCAACACCACCAAAGAGAACAUUUGAGGGGGACGUUCAGCAAUAUUGCCUCGAUGCCCGAUGCACGCUUUAUAUAUGAAUCGCUCGAAGCGGCAAAGACGUACCUAAACAUACUCGUUGGCUCGAUUAGCCCCGAGCAGCACUUGCGUUUCAUGCCGUCGCGUUAUUAUUUGUAUAGCAUUUAUGCGGCGGUGUUCUUGUACAAGGCCCGUUCUUUCGGUGUCAUGUCUCCAAAUGAAGAAGUCGAAGUCCGGGAACUGGUCUCACGAACCACCGAGACACUUUACCGCGCCAGCGCUGGGCCUGAUGACAUGGGCUCACGUUAUGCAAGACUUCUCGAGCUGCUAUGGAAGCCGUCGCGUUCUUCAGGAUCUGUAGCAUCAUCCGAGUCGCGACGUCGUAAUGAAAUUUCCAUUCCUAAUCUCGCGAACUCAAACACGAACUCGACACUGCCAGACGGACGUAGUAGCCAACAGCAGGCACACUUUGACCCGGCAAAUGACUUCUCUUGGCUUGAUUUGGGUGCUGUUGGCGAUUAUGUGUCUGGUGAUCAGAUGGCAGCGAGUAUUCUGGGAUUUGAUGGAGGCGGCUUGCAUGACAGUAGUAACAUAUACGGCACUGUUGGGCAGCAGCAACAGAUAUUGCAGACGCCCCUAUGGACGGGCGAUACCAGCCUGUUCUUUUGA